CCGGGCGGCCGCUCGCUCCCACCACGCCCCCGGGGCCGCGGCGGCCGCUGGGAGCCGUAGUCCGACGCCGCGCACUGCGCCGGCCGAGCAGAGGGCGGAGCUGCCGGCGGCCGGGCGGGCGGCAGCUGGAGUGGGCGCGAUCGCCGCCGCCGCCGCCGCCGCCGCCGCCGGCGCCUCCUCUGCCCGGGCCGUUCGCUGUGCGCGGGGAGAGCGAGGCGGGGCCGCCAUGGAGCCCGACUCCGUGAUUGAGGACAAGACCAUCGAGCUCAUGUGUUCUGUGCCAAGGUCUUUGUGGCUAGGCUGCGCCAGCCUGGUAGAGAGCAUGUGCGCACUGAGUUGCCUGCAGAGCAUGCCCAGUGUCAGAUGUCUCCAGAUAAGCAAUGGAACAUCAUCUGUGAUCGUCUCCAGAAAGAGGCCAUCAGAAGGAAACUACCAGAAAGAAAAGGACUUGUGUAUUAAAUAUUUUGACCAGUGGUCUGAAUCAGAUCAAGUGGAGUUUGUGGAGCAUCUUAUUUCACGAAUGUGUCACUAUCAGCAUGGACAUAUUAACUCUUACCUGAAACCCAUGUUGCAGCGGGACUUCAUUACAGCGUUACCAGAGCAAGGCUUAGAUCAUAUAGCAGAAAACAUUCUUUCCUACCUGGAUGCCCGGUCCCUGUGUGCAGCUGAGCUGGUGUGCAAGGAGUGGCAGCGUGUGAUCUCAGAAGGAAUGCUGUGGAAGAAGCUGAUCGAGAGGAUGGUACGCACCGAUCCUCUGUGGAAAGGGCUGUCCGAAAGAAGAGGGUGGGAUCAGUAUCUGUUUAAAAACAGACCCACAGAUGGCCCUCCUAAUUCAUUUUAUAGAUCUUUAUACCCAAAGAUUAUCCAGGAUAUAGAGACUAUAGAAUCCAACUGGCGGUGUGGGCGUCAUAACUUGCAGAGAAUUCAGUGCCGCUCCGAAAACAGUAAAGGAGUCUACUGUCUACAAUAUGAUGACGAAAAAAUUAUCAGUGGCCUGCGGGAUAAUUCUAUUAAGAUUUGGGAUAAAACCAGUCUGGAAUGUUUGAAAGUGUUAACAGGACACACAGGCUCUGUCCUCUGUCUCCAGUAUGAUGAGCGUGUCAUUGUGACUGGCUCUUCAGAUUCUACGGUGAGAGUGUGGGAUGUGAACACAGGUGAAGUUCUGAACACACUGAUCCAUCACAAUGAAGCUGUACUGCACUUACGCUUCAGCAAUGGACUGAUGGUGACGUGCUCCAAGGAUCGCUCCAUUGCUGUGUGGGACAUGGCCUCUGCCACUGAUAUCACUUUACGCCGUGUCCUGGUUGGACACCGCGCUGCUGUCAAUGUAGUAGACUUUGAUGACAAGUACAUUGUGUCUGCUUCUGGAGACAGGACCAUCAAAGUCUGGAGCACUAGCACCUGUGAAUUUGUUCGUACUCUUAAUGGGCAUAAGCGAGGUAUUGCCUGCCUCCAGUACCGGGAUCGGCUAGUUGUUAGUGGAUCAUCAGAUAACACCAUCAGGCUAUGGGACAUCGAAUGUGGUGCCUGUUUAAGAGUUCUGGAGGGACAUGAAGAGUUGGUCCGAUGCAUUCGGUUUGACAACAAGAGGAUUGUCAGUGGUGCCUAUGAUGGGAAAAUUAAAGUUUGGGAUUUGCAAGCUGCCCUUGACCCUCGCGCUCCAGCAAGCACCCUGUGUUUGCGCACUCUGGUGGAACAUUCUGGACGAGUGUUUCGGCUACAGUUUGAUGAGUUUCAGAUCAUCAGCAGCUCCCAUGACGACACUAUUUUGAUUUGGGAUUUCUUAAAUGUGCCUCCCAGUGCUCAAAACGAGACACGUUCUCCCUCCAGAACAUACACUUACAUCUCCAGAUAACAGUCUGCACUUUCGCCCACUUCAGGGUUUCCUAGUCUUGAACUACUGGCUACAUGGCUACCAGAUGCCUAAGUGAGUUUGUUCACAGCUGGGUUAUGAAGCUGGACUGGUUCUAGACGCUGGGUAGAUGCAAAGCAGCCUCACUCUCCAAGCCCCGACCUUCCUCACCGCCGAUCUAGGCUCUACUUGAAGGGUUCCUUCGCCUCACUGAUUUCAAGUGGAGCUUCAAGUAGAGCCCAUCAGUGAUGAAGAACUAGUGCUUCAACUGAACACUGUUCACACGAAAGGCAUUUCUGGUCUGUUUUGUUGAAGUAAACUGGCCGUCAAGAGAAGACCCGGCUUCUAAUUUAUAUUGCUUUGCACUUUGGUCUGAUACUAAGAAACAACAUUCUUCAGUGAAAUUUUGGGUGCCAAACCACCUACCCAGAAUGUCGAGGGCUUUCCUUUUCAGAAGUUAGCAUUCUCCUUUGACCGUCCAAGUCGUUACAAAUUCUGACUUCUAUUAGGGUAUGUUGGACAAUGGGAAAAUCUCUCUGGGUUAUUUUAGUAAUGUCUUUUGCUUACACUUCCUUUCUGUACCAAUUUCUUUUAAUUUAAAGAACUCUAAGCCAGUUAUAUUUUCUCUCCAUAGAGAGUAUAACUGUUUUCUUUUAUUAACUGUCGUCUGUCCCCAACCAUCUUCUGAUUAUUUGAUAGAGUGACAUCUUUCUUUGUAUGCUUGCCUCCUAAUUUAAAGUACCGAAUCCACAUGUAGAUACAAUGUACAUAGCAGUUUCUCCUGAAGAUGGCUGGAGUCGGCCCUGUGCCCCAGACACUAAUGCAGUGUGUUGGGAGCCCGGCCGCAGGGUUGAUGGGAUUGCCUAGGACCCUCCUGCAGUAUUCAUGUGGUGUUUUCAUUUUGUCACUGUCAUUGUGUGUGUGGUAUGUGUAUUUGUAAUGGAAAUGUUGUUUUAAAAUGUAACUGCUCAAGUUUAACACGGAAAUGUUUUAUGUUGUCACGCAGUAUAUGCAAUAGGAGGAACCUUAACAUUAAGCUUUUGUUGUUCCUUCCCUUCUCCCUCCCACCCUGCUGGUUGGCUUUGUCCUCAGUGCAGUCCUCUGUGCAGUGGUGCCCCGAGAAGGGGCCAGCACAAAGACCCUGUUGACGGGGUUCACUGGCUCUGGGGCUGCUGGCGAGCAGGUCAGCUGGCCCUGUGUCCCCGCCGGGUCAGGUCAGUGCCCUGGUCAGGGCAGUGCGGCCUCCGCGGGUCAUCAUCGGCUGCCCUGCAGUCAGUGAGGUUGGCCCUGCCUGCCAGGCCGGCCCUGCGUGGAAAGGACGCCCUUUUUCCUUCUUCCAAUAUUAGGUGUUAAGUUGACUCCCUCUCCUGCUUCCAAAGAUGAAGGAAUGUCACUGUUACUUUAAAGGACCAAUGGGGGCCACCUUGUGAACAAGGCCCCUGGCCAGGACGUCUCAGCCAGGGCAGGGAGGCCCCUGACCGCCCGGCCUUGAGGAUGGUGUGAGGAUCAAUGGGCGUGUGUAGAAGAUGUGUUCAUCUGGUCAGCUUUGCUUUUUAGUUGUUUGUUUUUUUCCUUUUUCACUACAUACUUCUCAUGUGUUACUAAAUUAACUUUGUUUUGGAGAGGUUGGGUCUCAAAGUGUAAAAGAAAGAAAUCUCCAUUCAUGAGGUGGGCAUGGUGACCACAGUGGCUGUGAGGGUAAGGCCACCUUUCAAGGAACAGCUCUGCUCCCAGGCUGGGGAGAGCCUAGCGGUCAGCGGGGCAGGGCGAGGCGGGCGGGGCGGGCGGGGCGUGUGAGCAGAUGCCGGUUCUGUUGCUUUUGCAUGUUUAAUACAGAAGUUCUCUUGACCCUUGGGAAAUCAUGACCUUUGAAUAUACACACAAACUUUGAAUUGUGCCUACUAAGUUAUAGCAGGGGGCUUUGGGCACCCAAGAAUUCCAACUUUCUGGGGUUACAGUAGUAAUUCCCAGCCAUACUCUGGACUUUAUUUUGCUAACCAUAAUUGAGCAACUGUAAAUUACUGCUAUAUUAAUGUUUUAAAGCACUGGGAUAGUCUAAUUCUAACUUGUAAUUAAUUAUGUUUGCCAAUUAUCUGUUUGAAAUAAAUUUGUGUCUGAACAGCUAUUGAAACUGUUAAGUUGUACAGAUAUUAUUCAUGACAGCUUUGUACUGUGGAAUGUGCUUAAUAAAAAAGCAAAAAGUUUGACCUUUGUCCAAUAAAUUGCUAAGUCAUGUCAAUAAAUCAAGAAUGAGUAUUAAGCAGUAUCCCUAAUCUGGCUUCAUGCAAUUGUUACUCCAGCUACUAAUUCAAAGCCAAUACUCUUAAUAAAGUGUUGCAAUACUCU